AUGGCCUCAAUUCCUGCCGACCGACAAUAUUCCUCCCAAAAAACCACCACAACACUCCCGCAGAAGACAUUGUACUCCUCGGAGACAUCUUCAAAUGUCGUUUCAGAUUCUCCCUCCCAUUAUUCGUCCUUCUCUAGCUCGGAUAGCGAUGAACCACUCCCACAUGCAAUUGAGGUUACCGAUGAAGAUGACGCCGGUGACAUGGUGGGGGUUAGCAUCGGGCGCGAGCAGAGCCGCAUGAAGGCCCGAGCUACUCCCCUAGCAGAGAAGAAUCGAGUCCUGGAACAUCACGGGACAUACUUUACGACGAUACCGGAUACUGUAGGCGAAGAUGGUCUGUUUGCAUCAGAAAUCACGGCCGAGCCAGAGUCAGUGGAGCAGGUCGAAAAAACAUCAACGCCACCAUCAGCACAAGCACCAGCACCAGCACCAGCACCAGCACCGCACGAACGAACGUCUGGACAUAAGCCUAGGGCGUCAUACCCCACCGCACAGUAUAAACAACCCGAACCAGGUCACCUUGCCCAUGGUCCCCGCAGCGAUCUUUUUGCAUCUGAAAAGACCGGGUCCAAAGAUACAGGGUUGAGCCAGCGGUCUGGUUUUGUUGGGGCCUUAUUGAAGAACACAUUGCCUCGCCGGCAACGUAGCUGGUCCGGCGAGCUGAAGAAAUUCCUGCCUGACCUGACUUCAUUGAAGAACCGGCCCUCCCUCUCGUUCCGUGGCCCCAAUGGCCAAAACCGAAUCCGCAGCCAGACGGUAGCACCCGCAGUUAAGAAGAACUCCGGAGUACCGAAAAGAACUUCAUCGCUGGGUGGGCGUCCGCUGCCGUCACCUCUCCCACCAAGCGGCUCUAGCAUUGACGAUGACGGAGAAGCUGCUCAAUCGAUACCUGAGCUGCGCUCACCAGAUGGAACCUCGGUCGCGAAACAUUCCUUCGCCCGGAGGCCUAGUGCGGCGAUGCCUGGUCGACCGCCAAGUUUGCGGAGGUCCUCUUCAGAUCAAUCACUGUAUCUGCGUGCGUCAUCCACGGCAUCAUCCCUAGAGCAGCGACCAUUAUAUGAGAAUGUACACACCCAGGUAAAUAGCCGGUUCAAGGCAAUCAAGGAUAGUCUCCAAGACUCGAGUAGCAGGCUGCUUAGUAUGCCGAACCUCCAUCUACAGGAUAUCCGCACUGAUUGGGGCUCUCGUCCAUUCCUGCCAGACCUUGGAAACGGUAUAUCAAAUAACAGCAACUUUGCUAGUUCGGCCAAAAAGGAACCACCGCGCGCUGCAAGCCCGCCUCAGACUUCGCGGAAUAACCCUAACAUAACACAUCCAAUCUUAGAAGAAGCAAUGGCAGAGCUCACCGGCGAUGUCGUGAUUCUAGGAGGCUACCGAGGAUCAAUCCUGCGAUCAGCUAAGCCACCCCAUCGACAACUUUGGGUACCGAUGAAGGUUGGCCUGAAUCUGCGGAAAGUGGACUUGGAGGUCGGUCUGAACCCAGAGGACGAGGAACGCAUGGAAGAGACAAUCAUUCCAUCUGGAGUUCUCUCCCACGUUGGCCCGGUGGACGUCUGUCGACGAUUGAUGAAGCGCUUGCGCAAGAGCGAAAAUGCCCAGCGUGGCGAAAUGCGUGUCCACGAUUAUGGAUAUGACUGGCGUCUAAGUCCCGAGCUGCUCUCGCGCAGGCUCAUCUCCUUCCUAGAGAGCCUGCCGUGUAACCAGGAGCCUGCACCAGGGCAGCCCCGACGCGGCGCUACAGUCAUCGCCCACAGCCUGGGCGGUCUCAUAACCCGACACGCCGUCAACGAGCGACCAGAUCUCUUCGCCGGAGUUGUGUACGCAGGCGUACCCCAGCACUGUGUGAACAUCCUCGGACCACUCCGCAACGGCGAUGACGUCCUCCUCAGCUCACGCGUUCUAACAGCUCAAGUAAACUUCACCUUCCGCACGAGCUUCGCCCUCCUCCCCGAAGACGGCCACUGCUUCAUCGACAAGCAAAGCAAAAAAGAAUUCCGCAUCGACUUCUUCGACGCUAAAACAUGGGAGGAGCACCGUCUCUCCCCUUGCAUGGGCCCCGCUCUCCCCGUCCCUCCAACAACAAACAGCACCAUCCUCGGCUUCAAAGAUAUACCCAUCCUCGGCAAGCGCUUCUCAAUGGGGUUGCGCGACGACUCGGACGAAUUCAUUCAGGACUCUCACGACAUCCCACAAGAUAGCCACGCCCUCACCGCAACAGAUAAAGGCAUCCAAGCCCGCAACGCAAACACGCCGCACAACCCUGCCGCAUACGCCGCAUAUGCUGCCGAAAAGGCUCAAAACCCAGCCGACGGCUUAGUCGGACCAGGCGCACACCCGCGCAGCAGCGCAGCAACCUCCAAAAUCGCCACGACGAGCACCAUCCCACGCGCCGUAGCGAAGGAGUAUCUACAGCGCACGUUGGCAGAUACCAAACGGUUCAAGGAGAACCUUGCAUUCCGACCUUCGCAUCAUUCCGAGAAUAGGUACCCGCCUGCGGCGGUGCUGUACGGGAAGACGCUGCCGACUGUAUACGGGGCGCGGGUUGUGUCGCGUGAGAGUAUUAAGCAGGUUGAUGCAUAUGAUGACCUUGCUUUCGCGGCUGGGGAUGGAGUUUGUCUUGCUUCGGCUGCUAUGUUACCACCUGGAUAUAGGAUUAUCAAGGAUGGGUUGGUGAAGAGUGACCGGGGACAUGUUGGGUUGCUUGGAGAUCUUGAGGGUGUUGGGCAGUGUCUUAGGGCUGUUCAGAGGGGGAGGAAGGAGGGUGUGGGAUUGGGAGAGAAGGAAUUAUAA